AUGCCUGGCGGACGCAACGCGACACCACGAGGCUGCACGCCGGGAGCAGGCCCAGACGGCAACGAGCACGUCAUCUGGGAGAGCAACGUCGAUGGCUUCAACCUGCCCAUGGACAUCGAGGUCGCGGCCGGUGCCGGCGGGCAGUCCAGCGGACAUCGUGCCCAGCGGACAUCAACCGGGUGCCCGGCGUUCGGCACGGACGAGUACUGCUGCCGUGGGCGGUUCGCGUCGUCGGCGACAUGCUGGCUGAGCGGGUACUGGGGGCUGUUCAAGGCGCAGCGCCCGCAGGCCUACAGCUACGCCUACGACGGGAGCAGCACCUUCACCUGCAACGACGGCGUGGACUACCAGGUCACCUUCCGCCCGAGCUCCGGGAUGAGUUAUGAGCCACACCGGCCAUAG